CACACAUCUGAGUAUUCCCUCUUCCAGGGGCUCUUCAUUCCUCUACAUAUAUUUAGAUCUUCGCAGCAGUUCCGAUCAAUGCAGAGAACACUCAACAAUGCUGUUUCGCUUAGGAAAUGACUGUUCUGAGAGUGGAAGCAUUGCAGCUCGCAGCGGACGUGCUGUGAUGGUCUGGGCUGUCUGCACAUAGGAAGUGUGUAACCACUGACGUGUUCCUGCUCAGGAAAACAUUCCCAUCCUUUAGCUGCAGCGGGAGGAGCAGCCAGGAGCCUGAGCUGAAGUGGGGAGCAGAGCCACUUCCACAAGAUAAAAAAAAAAAAAAAAAAAAGAAUACCGUGUGCGAAGAUGUUUGCCAUACAGAAGCCUGAAACCAGCCCUCACCAUUCUCCCUUCUAUGGUAAUAAGCCUCUGGGAAACAUGCCAUUUCCCAGUGACAAAGAAAGGAAGCAAGACACAAACUUUAACAUUUUGGAGGAGACAUAUGAUAAAAAUGAAAACUGGAGACAGGAGAAGAAAGAUGAAGGUGACCGUGAAGAUAAACUAAAUGAAGACACUGACAGAAUUCCAUUAGAAGAUAACAGAACUAAUCUAAAAAAAAAUGUGAUGGUAAAAAUGAAGGCUGACAAGUCUGAAGGGAUCAGCUUGUCUUCAUCAGAGGAAGAAGUUAGAAGCCCCCCAGAAGGGGCAGAAAUAAUGCAAUUAGGGGUGGACACACCAGCUACAGAGACAACAAAGGGAUGCAACGAAUGGCCAGGUUCACCCUUAGAAGACAAUGGUUAUGCCAGCAGUUCACCCAGCAUUGACAGUCCUGACAGAAUUACGGUCACUACAUGGGAGGACACUAAAGCCUCUACUUUAACAUCCACAGAACAAGUUGAUCCUGACAUAGAGAAGUCUGAAGAUGAAUCCUCAUCAGAUUCAGAAUCCCUCACACUGACCCUGACAGAAGCUUUUCAGAGUCUGCAAGACAAGGAAAAGUUAAAGGAGCAAGAAAAGGAAAAGCAUCAUGCACAAUUGACAAUGUAUAGGAGACUGGCUCUUCUGAGAUGGAUCAGAAGCCUUCAACAACGGGUGAAGGAUCAGCAGAAUAGGCUUCAGGAGAGCUUCGACACUAUCCUAGACAACCGCAAGGAGAUCUUAAGAUACAUACAGCAGGGCUGCAAUAAGUCACCAACUAAGGAAGCAGCAUAAAAUAGUAAAAAUCAUGGCACUUCUCAAUGUGUAAAUUUCCUUAACCCCAAAUCCUGAGAGUUGUUAUUAAAAAUCGUGUUAAUGUGAAGCAAAAAGCCAGGAAAAUACUAAAGGCCCUAUCACAGCUUUUACAUACUCAACCAAGUGCUGGAAGUGGGAAAGUGACUAUCUUAUUUAUUCACUUUGAUGAUGUAAAAAAUUAAUAAUAAAGUAGCAAGAAAUAUAUGCUGUUCACACUGCUUUAAUAUUGUAUUAAAUAAUUUGUAAUCUCAGCCCAAGGUCAAUACUGAAUACAUCGUGUCACCAUAAUUCAGAAAAGGCUGUACUCCAUUAUAUUAGUUGAAUAUAUUUUUUAUAUAAAUGUAUUAUGAUAUCAUUAAAUGUCCUUACUGUAAACUAAUGUGCCAUGUUACUAUAUUAAAGAUCUAAACAUUAAAUGC